CACCGAAGUGGGCCACCAUUCCUUUCCUUCCUCCCUGCUGCUCUGCUUCCGACGAGUCCAACAGACGGCGGCGACGGCGACGGCGAGGAGACACCUGUGGGACGGCGGGCAAGGACGAGGACGCGUCGUCUUCCAGCUGCUAGCGGCCGGCCUGACCUCUCUCCCGUUCAGCUGGAGCCACCGCCACCGGGUCAGGUCAGGUCAGCUUUCGUCCACCCGCCCGCCCGCCCGCCCGCCAUGUGUUUGUGUUUAUUCCCGUGACGUUCGUUUCUCGCGCUGCUUUGGGUUUGGGGUCUUGGCUGUUGUCUUCAUCCAAUAAACACUGACCGGCGAUUACAUUGCAGUAGCCAAGGAGUAUACAUCGUCUGCCUUGCUCUUUUGUUUAAUGAUCUCAAAAACCAACACUGGCGCAGUCAAUCAAAAUGCAUCAAAGCAUCUUUCUGAAGAAGAUCCAGAUACUCCUGGAGUGGACCCUACGCUCUGAAUUACUAGAUAGUACGGCUGGCCGGCUGGAUCCCGCAAUUAGGCACACAGGCAAACACCUUCUUCCUCCUCUAGUAGAGUUAAGUUUGCUUGCUUGCUUAAUGCUCUGGUUGUGUUCAUCACAAACUAGUGGAGUGCUGCUGCACACACUCUGCAGCACUCUAGUCUAGUGACCAACCAACAACCCCAACGGAGACACAUACAUGCCAAAGCACACCCACUCUCAUUGCCAGACAGUGAUAACAACAACCGGCGAGCUGAGCUCAAUACAUUCUUCUUACUACUAAACGCACCAGCUACAUGUAAAUGUGAGCACGACAUCUAUCUUUUUAUAUGUCCAUGGAUCUAUUCUUGCAAGCAAACUGUGUAAAAUGAAGGAGGUCUGCAGCACAUUAAUUUGAACACACAAUCAGAGUCCUGCUGCUCUGGUGACCACGACAAAUUAAAGCCUGUGUCUAUGUGUAACACAGAUUCUAUCACCUAGUGCUUGGUAUGAGGUGUUACCUGUAGCAAAUCCAAUGCUCCUCCCAAAGACGUCUCUUGGUCUGAAUCACAAGCUCAUCGAGCUGUGUGCCAUAAGCUCCUUAAUUCCCACUGUUGAAGUUUCCAGAAUCACAAGCUGAUCGGGCUGCAGUUCUGAAUAUUUUAUACAAGUGCAUUUCCUGAAUUCCAUAUACUUUUCAGAGAACAAAUGAGUUUCCGUCAAAGCAUUUCUCAAGGCGGCCAGGCACCUGGAGUGUGCUACGCAACACCUUCUAUCCAGGAUGCCGUUAUGUCAUCUGAUGAUGAACAGCUGUUUCUUUAUUGAUGAAAGUGCUUAUUGCUUCCAUUUUUCAGUAACUGUUGAUGACCGCCUACAUUUCGUGUUGGAAAGGCCUUCCCAUACAAGCUCUCGGUCAGGCAAGAAUGAUUUUGUUUUCAUUCUAAUUAUUUCACAGUAACUAGCUAGAGAUUCAUGUGUUAGUAAAAUAGCAUGCAAUUGAGGUGCCGGCUUCUCGGUUAGUUCAUCCAUCAUCCAUCAUGCUACAUGUGUGUUUGCCAGGCAAUUGAUUUUCAACUUGGGUUGGCAAUUGGAACUCCUCUCUUUUUUUUAAAGAUAAAGAUCUCUCUACCUAUUUCUGGCUAUUGUUCUUCCAUUAGGUCAGUUAUAUAUGCCAGUGAUUCACUGGCUUAUGUUUGCAAAUGUUAGUUAUCUAUACUGUUCAUCUCGACAUAAAAUAAUUCCAGAAACAAAUAAAUGGUCAAGCUUUCUGUCAUAUCUCCCGUUUAGUCUGUGUGUGUACAAUCCUGUUGAUUUCAUUUGCAUGAAAUCAUUGCAGACCUACCACUCCUUGAUGGCGUGUGUGUGAGAAUUGACAAAGCUAACCCUUGUUUGAAAGUUCAAAAUAACCUUACUCUAAAAAUCGAACCAAAUCUGACCCUUGCUCAGCGCCACCCUCCGGGCGCUCAACUUGGCUGUGUCAACGCACUUCCUCGUUCCAGGCACAAAAAAGGAAAAAAAAAGAGUGCUGGCUUGAGCACUAGUAUAGCAGGGUGCCAUCUCUAGCCUUGAUCUAAGUUGAACAGGGUACUAAAGGAAGAAAUAAUGGUGGAAAGAUACUUUCUUAGUCUGUAGCAGCAUUGAUCCCUUUUCUUUUCUUUUUCUCCUUCCAUUAUUCCGUUAUUACGUGAAAGGCACCGGUUCUUCUAAUCUUGUUCCAAGCUCCUGCCCCACAAGGACAAGCACUGAUGCCUUGCUGCCCUUUCACCUUUAGGCUCCAGCCGAAACUCCAAAGAAUGCACGCAUUUGUUUCUCGUGUCUCUGAAACUCCAAACAAGCCCAAACACCAAACAAGGUGUUCCUGCAACGACUCCACCCUUGGCAGUACAUUUGGAAGUGCUUACGCCUCACACUUGUGCUUUGCAAGCAAGCAGUUGUAGCACGUUAAUUAGUUUUGUUUGAUCGCUGAUUAAUUAUCAAGUGCUGCCAAAUACUUUUGUGACCCACCGGCACAAUUCUCAUAGUAUCAUAUUCUUCCUCAUUUUUAGAGCCUUUUUCUACAGCACCGUAUUCUCUUUUUUGUGUGGCUGGAGAAGUUGUGAUAUCUCAGUGUGAAUGGUAUGGCAUCUUAUCUUGCCAUCUUUUGAGCUGUCAUCCACCCACACCACUUUCAAUUCCUUUUUGGCUUGCAACAGAGGAGACUAAGACUCCGUGUUUACCCAGCUUACAGGUUAGAGAGAUUGUAUAUCAAUAUCAGUUCUCUCUCGCUCUCUCUCUCUCAACGGCUUAACCCUCCCUUUUGCAACUAGCUAGACCUCCACAGCAGGCAAGCACGAAGGCAGGCGGCGUCCGUCACUGGCAAACCAGCAACUCGUGCACGUGUGCACAUCGUCAUCCAUCUCUGCAUCAGGGGGAGGAUGUACGCGGCCCUCAGUGCGGCGCAAUGGGUGGUGGGCAAGGCGCUAGCCCCUGUUGCGGAUGGGGUGCUGGAGGCAUGGGCGGCCACCAGGAACUUCGGUUUCAACAUCGAGGCCCUCAGCAUGGAACUAAUGCUGGUGAAGGCCACGCUCGAACAAGCUGGCCGUAAGGAGCUCGGCGGGCCGGCCAUGGAGAUGUUGUUGCAGAAGCUGCGUGACUCGGCGCAAAAUGCUGAAGACUUGCUAGAUGAGCUCGACUACUUCCGCAUCCACGAUGAGCUCCACGGCACCCACGAUGCUGCAGGCGAGCACGACAAGGGUUGCUUCCACAACCUUGCCUUCAAUGCUCGCCACACCGCCAAAGCUUUUGGCAAACUGGUCAACUGUGCUAAGCAUCGGCAGAGGUCACACAGCGACUCCUCGGCCCCAGACACCAAUCAGGAGCUUAGCGGAUGCAUGCCCAAGAUCGGUAAACUCCUCACUUGCUCAUCUUCCCCGCAUCCACAUGUUCGUGAUGAUGACUAUGAUAGUGAUGAUGACUGUGGCAAUGUGCAAGAAACACCAAAGCUUGAGUUUAAUAGGGUUUAUUUCUCUCAAAGGAUGAAGGACAUUGUAGAGAAAUUGCAACUUAUGCGCAAUGAGGUUAGCAAGAUUCUGAUACAUUGUGGCCCUAGAACUGUCCCAGACAUUGCCCUGAGUCGUCCUAUCACCAAAAGUAGAAUUGAUGAGCCAAAACUGUAUGGAAGGGACCAUGUCAUGAAUAGCAUCAUACAUGAUAUCACCAAGGGUCAAUACUAUGACAAGGGUCUAACUGUGCUGCCGGUAGUGGGUCCAGGGGGAAUGGGGAAGACAACUCUUAUACAACACAUAUAUCGCAACCAGCAAGUGCAGAAUCAUUUUCCAGCGAGCCCCGAUGGCGGUGGUUGGAGCAGUGUGGUGGGGACUGCUCGUGAGGAACGCGGGUGGUGCCCGCUGGUGCUUGCGGUAGCCUCGUCAACAUGCUUAUUGGCAGCCUCGCCAGUGUGCUUGCAGGCGGUGGCGGCCGUGCUUGUCGGCGGCCUCGUUGGCGUGUUUGCUAGAGGCGGCGGUCAGAGCAGUGCGCAGAGGUUGUAGCUUGACUGGGAGCUCAAGAGCAGCACGGUAGGUGAUUGCUCUCAAGGGGAUCCAGAUCCCGCAACACACCGGUUGUUGCGGUGGCGAGAUUGCAAUAACUACUUAGUUGCAAGACUUAGUUUAGGUAAUACGUUGCUCCUGAGCCAUCUGAUUAAAAUAAGAUCUGACGGCCACAAAGGUGACGGACGCUCGCGUCGUUAUCAGUCUGAUGAUUUGGAUCAUUUCCCUAAAAUAUAUUUAUUGAAAAAGGCUUUCACUCUGCUUUAUAUAUAAAGCAACGACCAGAGAUACAAACCCGGAUACAACACGCCACCGACAAACACAACACACACACCCAAGACAAGAUACAAGGAUACCGAUGCACCGCAACACUACCCAAUCGACCGCCAAGAAAACUAUAGAUGAGCCAAAAAGAACCACUUGGGGCCAACGAGGAGCUCCUGAGAACUAGCCACCGAGAAGAUGUGAAGCGAGACAAUGACGGAGCAUGGACUCCAAGGCGGUGCCUUCAAGAAGGGCACGACUGAAUUGUUACCACCACCCAAUCCCGAUCAAGUUUUCAUCUAGAGCAAUGUGAAGAAGGGAACACCACGACGGAGCCUUCAUGAAGGAAAACGGCGCCCGCCGCCGCCGCCACCAUCGACCGGAAAGAACCGGGCAAGUUAUGCACUAUGGUGUUAACCUUCCCUCUGCCAAACGACCAUGCUAGACCAAACAUUACCAACCAUGCCACCCCGCGUGACCAUGGCUGCCCGACUGCACCCAAGACGUGCGCUCCGCCCAUGAAUAUUGUGUCUCCCACCGCCAGGGCGGCUGCCCUAUAUCCAAGCACCUUCGUGAACACCCAAAGUCCUUGACUUUGGCCUGAUUGGCAGACCCCAACCGAUGGAGCAGCCAGCAACCGUCCUUCCUCGAACAUCGACAGAGCUCGCCAGAAGGCACACGGCCGAGGAAAUGGGGAGGAGGAGCAGGCGCAUUUGGACCGGUGCACCCCCGCACCGGCGACGGGUGGCCCGACAUCGGGGCCUCCCAUCCCUCCUAAGAAGUCCCCACGGGACACACCCCGUGUCGCCUCACCAUGGCGGCCGAUGCAGCUCAACGCGAGGCCACCAACGACUGCCCGCCCAUUACCACAGAGAGCCAAGCCACCCUUCACCAGCUGAAGAAGAAAUGGAGAAGAGUAGUUUAUUCUGGUGAAGAAGAAAUGGAGAAGUAGCAACAAAGGUUACUCGCCAGAUAGAAAAACUCAAUGGUGUGGAUGCUACCUGCCAUGUUUUCUCGACAGAUAGCAGAACUCAACAAGGUUGCCCACCAGAUAGCACAAUGAGCUAGGGAAUUGGCGGCAAUCUCCCAGUUGGAACCACCGUAUUAGGUGUCUACAAGUUUGCUCAUGGGGCUCAGCACCUCCGAGGUUCUUCUGCUCAUUGUAGGUGCAUCCUCGCCCUCCGGUGAACGCGUCAUGCAUCUAUCAUCAUGUUACUCCUGCUAUUCUAUCUAUCAAUGAAAUGAUACGUAGCUUGCGUAUUCACGAAAAGAAAAAGAUAGCACAACGAGGUUCUCUGAACUCACUACGCCAUGUUUUUUGGUUUUUGAUGAAAUAUCUGGUCUGUGCCCCGGAUUACAAUAUGAACAUGCCAUGUUUCUUCAUUUUCGAGGGCCCAUCACUUUCCUGGUUUGUGCCCCAGAUUACGUCAGCAAGUAAUGGUCUAUGUACGUAGAUGAGAUGACCUCACCUCCACGAAUCAACACUUUGGCUCUUUCCACGAACAAUCCCUCCAGCACGUUAGACAACCUACCUCAUCAUAUGGAAGACAAUAAACUUGUCCAACUCUGACGUUGAUUCCAAUUAUUAGGUGCCACCCAGUAGAUCAAGAAUAUGGACUCGGUCCCUAAGUGCCACUAGUAGACCACUUGUCCAACUAGGCCCUGCCUCCCCUUAAUUAAUUCUUCUCUAAUUUUCUACUCUAACGGUGAGAAUAUGUGGUGUUUGGUGGUUAUGUGCGACUCAAGCUCCAUAAUCAUAUGCACUGCUGCACAUUACUACGUACUCCAACGGUGAGUAGUUUUCAUCAUCAAACAAGAAAAACCAAAACCUUACCUAUCUUGUCUCUGCCACCUCCAGGACAUUGUAUUCCUAUGCCAGGGCUAGCUACCUGCAUUAAUUCAUCCCUGGUCAUGAGGGGCCAAAUUAUUCUUCUACACAUCUUCGAUUACUGAUUAAUAAAACAUUGUUCGAAUGUGCUAAUUCACAUAUAACACUUUGAAUUUGUGUCAUAAGUUUUUUCAUAGAACAGAAUGGAGUCAUAAUACAAAGACUCUAUAAUGAGCUAGGUAUAUAAACUUAAUGGUCAAAAAGUCACAUUGGAGACUAUAUGCACACGUAAUCAUUUUCUUGAACAUAUUUAGGAAUCAGUAGUUGGCGUACAUAUUACUGGUCAAGAGAGGUGAAUAGGAUUGAGAAUCGGGAUAAUAUUUCCAUUGUUCUCAUCAUGUAGUAAUCACAAACUAGUGUUUGGACAAACGAACCUAUCUUGAUUGUAUUGACGAGCACCAACUGUACUCAAUUGUUUGCCAAGGCAGUGCAAACAAUGUAAAAGUUGAUCUCAACAAUAAUGCAACCGCUAUAUACAAAGCUAGUCUACAAGAAAAAAUGCGCUCAUGAAAAGUUGUGCAUAUAAUUUACUUAAGCGGCUUACGACUCGGCGACGUUGGAGAAUAUCGAGGCUUGUUCACAUGUCAUAACUAGUUUCAAUAACGUGCAUGCACACACAUCACAGUGGAAGUAACUUAGCUAGUAACAUAACACAACCUGAGACAAAUUCACUUGCGGUAAAAUAAUAUGUUACCGUAACAUAGCGCACCCCAAGAAAAAAAUGAGUCUACUUCUAAAUAAAUGAAGGCUUGCAUGAUAUCAUACAUAUGUUACUACCCGUAUGCAUGUUACUAGUCUAAGUCUAAGGUACUCCCCAAUAUGAUCAGCCUUAUUCUUGUGACCACAUGAUUGAGGAAGAAAGGCUCUAAGCGCAAGCAAGAAAAACUCUUUGCCCCAUCCAUGUACGUAUAUGGCGGCAUAGCCCACACGAAUGGUGGUUGAAACUUGAAA